AUGACUAAGAAAAGAUCUUUCCGGCAUUGGAAAAAAAGACGCAUAGAUACUACCGAAACUUGUAAUUUAAAACUGUUAAGGUUUGAUCCGAUCUUGUUUGAACUUAAUGACCAAUUGAAGCAAUCGGUCUAUCAUAACCUUGAGGUCCUUCAAAUAAAUUGUACAACGAUCAGUACAAUAGCUUGUAUAAUUAAAAACAGCGGAAAGCAUCUCAAGAAAAUUUCAACCUCGGAUCCUGAAAAUGAUGACUUUUAUGAGGAUUCACUUAUUCUUAUUCGGGCAAUUUCUGAGAAUUGUCCUUUGCUUGAAUCCUUGUCACUUACAUUCACAUCAUCAAAGAUGCAUUUCAUUGAACUCGAAAAAUUGCUAAAAACUUGUCAAAACUUGAAGGCGUUAUCAUUAAAUAUUAAAAUUAUCAAUGAUGUCUUGUCAUUUAAAUUUAAUGAAACAAUGUUGGAAUCCGAAAAAGGAUUAUCUAAAGUGAUGAUUAAAUCGGCGCCAGUUAAUCUAAAAGAACUUCGACUUGAUGGAUAUUAUCAUUUUAUACUUUCAUCGGAAACCUUGAAGACACAUUUAGAGAAUUGGAGUGGUCGACGUCCAUUUUCGAUUUUUGUAUCAGACUCUCAUUAUGAAAUAGAAGAAUAUAGAAGAUUAUAA